CUCAGACACUUCUAGAAGCUCAUCAUCUUGGAAGAAUGGCUCCUAAAAAAGCUGAACCAAAAAAGGAGGCAGCAAAACCAGCGCCUCCUCCUGAACCAGAGAAACCCAAAGAGCCUCAAUUUGACCCCAAAAGCAUUAAGGUUGAGUUUACAGCGGAUCAGAUUGAAGAAUUUAAAGAGGCCUUCAUGCUCUUCGACAGAACCACAUCUGGUGAAAUGAAGAUCACUUAUGCCCAGUGUGGUGAUGUCAUGAGGGCGUUGGGUCAGAAUCCUACAAAUGCAGAGGUGCUCAAAGUACUUGGCAAACCCAAACCUGAGGAAAUGAAAACCAAGCUGAUUGACUUUGAGACUUUUCUGCCUAUGUUCCAACACGUGUCCAGGUCCAAAGAUCAAGGCACUUUUGAGGACUUUGUUGAGGGACUGCGAGUGUUUGACAAAGAAGGAAACGGCACUGUAAUGGGUGCCGAACUUCGCCAUGUACUUGCAACGCUGGGUGAGAAAAUGACAGAAUCAGAGGUAGAACAGCUCAUGGCAGGACAGGAAGAUGGAAACGGCUGCGUCAACUAUGAAGCGUUUGUUAAACACAUCAUGGAUGGAUAAACGAAAGAGCUCAGAUCAGGCAAUACUGUCUUCUGCAGUUAUCAACAGUCCUUCAGCCCAGCUCUAUGUUCUCUAUUGCCCUUGAACUAGUUUUCCUGUACAGUAUAAGAUUCUGUCUUUGCUAUUCUUUUUGCAACAUUAGGCUAAACUAAGCAAAUCCUCUGAAAGGUAUAUGUUGAUAUUGAAUGCAUUUACUUCCAAAUAUAUCAGGGUAAUGAACUGCUUGUAACAUGACCCACAUACACUGAUGUCAAUGAUUUGUUUCGUGUCAGUGCACAUCCACAAGGUUUAAAACUCACUGUCAGUCGGUAUAAAAAAAUAAAUAAACAUCAAAAUUAAAACGGACCUUACCUCAGCUUCCUCAAUUAAAGCUGCAUCUUCUUAUCAAGACACAGCUGCAGCCAGAAAACCCUGAGUGUGAACAUGUUACAUGUGUAAAACAUUUAUGUGGCUUAUAUUCUUUGACAUUUCUUAGAUUCUAAGUGUUUACAUCAUAAAUGUGAUGUGAUAUAGAUGGAGUAAACCAAAAUAUAACACA